AUGGCGUACAAUGCUGUCGCUCAAAUCGACCACGAGGUGGCUUCGAACUCUUCCGCUUUUGCGUCACGCAGCCCCUCACCCGCUCAUGGACAUGCAUUCAAGCAACUGCCCCUCGAUACUGAUCACAUUGGGGGAGGAAGCCACCUAGAACGAGCCCAGACUAACGACAACUCGAGUUUGGCCCAGUUGGGCUCGAUGAUCCGCUCCAUGACUUCCACCAGCUAUGAUGUAGUGGAGGACGAUGACUAUGACGCCCAUCACUCUCCCGAACAGCGAUCCAACAGCCUCGGAAGACCUCCACUAAAUACCGCGGUCGCGCGACACUCCUCUUCCCCCGAACCACCCCUCCACAGCGCAUGCAGCGAUGUCCCCGUACCUCUCAGUCACCCUAUCCCAGAUUUGCAGUCGAUACAAGGAGCCUACAAAGGGAAUGUAACGCGGUUGGAGGAAAGCGCGGAGCAGCUGACCUCGUACUCAGCGGACAUUGAGAGCGAGAUCCGUCGCAUGGACCAAGAGCAGAAACGACGCUCAGUGAGUUCCGCGUCGAACUCCAUUCAUCGGACCGGAGCAUUCUCGCCGGUGGCUACGGUUUCUUCCGCUCAUGGAUCCAAUGUGUCCCCCGCGCGCCAGCGUUCCGUAUCGGGGGCCCGUCUGGCUCAGCUCUCGGAGCCAGCAUAUGAGGACCAUGGGGAGGAAAUGGAUGAAUUCCCCGCGCUCCCUGAUCUAUCACCGUCGCAACCUCUUUUCACCACGCAGAAUGAUUAUUAUUACGACCAAUAUAAUCCGCAAGGACUCUCCGCAGAGGCGGAGUUGGAUCGCCGUGCUUCGGUCGCAUCAAAUGAUACCUAUCAGCAGGCGCGGACACUAUUCACCGAUUUCGAUGGCGUUCAUUUCAAACACCCAGAGCGCAUGGAACCGGGUCGCCAGGUCUCCUUGGAUCAGCCGCCGCUUGCUCGUAAGCCCGAACAUUAUAAACAGCCGCAAGCGGGGGAGAAUAUGGUAUUCUAUCCGGCUCCCGUUCCCCGAAUGUUGAACCUGCCGCCGAAGUUGUCACGCAAGACAAAUGUGGACCGAGAUAAGCGUCGCACACAGCUUGUAGGGGCCAUUGCUGCCGAGGAUAGGAAGUCUACUGCGCUACCUGAUGGCGAUCAAGAAACCCCGCGGGAUAGCCAUAGUGACAAGCGCAAAUCAGCACUGCCACCGCAUCUCCGUGCAAGCGUGUUCUUCGAUCAACCAAGCACAUCAUUGCAAGUCGAAGUCAAGCAAGAUUCUGCGGUUGCUACACUGGAGAGCAUUUUGGACGCUUCUGCGAAUGCUCCCGUUUCAGCUUUCACUGACCACCCUUACGCUGGUCAUGUCGGCUCAUAUAUCUACAACAAAUCAAAACGCAAGACUUUGACCAAAGAUCUGUCAGCGCAAAAGACAAAUCGUUUCUCGCGAGCUACCCUGGGCCUGUCUCACAGCACUAAUAACUUAGGCGAAGAUGGUGGCCCAGUAACCGCACGUCAUGGGUCAGAAUCCGGGCGCGACUCAGAUAGACCUCAUGAUGAGCGUGAACAUGGGGAGUCAGAAGGCACUGAUACUGACAGCGAGGAACAAUCCGAAGACGAAGAGGACGAGGAAGAUGGGGAGUUAGAUUAUGUUGGGCCGCCGAACACGCUGAUCGCCGAGUUGGAGUUGCGAAAGCACGAAUUGAAGCACCGACGCCGGACGGCGGUGCCCAUGCCAUUCCAAGGCAUGCGAAGCACUCUGCUCGAAAUGGACGAAGCUGCCCAAAAGCAAAGUGACAAACGACGACAACGCCCUGUCGCGCUGGCUUGGGAAGGGCGUGACGAAGACGAAGACAUCCCUCUUGCUCUGUUGUAUCCCGAGAAAACUAGCAACGAAGAUGAUGAGCGACCAUUGGGCUUGAUCGAGAAGCGGCAACAAGAGGAAAACGAGCCUUUGAGCGCGCGUCGGGCCAGACUACGGGGUGAACCAGUUCCGAAGGCGGCGCCCCGUCCUGUCACAGUGUAUGCAACAGCGACCUCGACGCCUGUCCCUGAGCCGACUAUCGAGAGUGAAGAGGUGACAGAGAUAGAGACCCUCGCCGAGCGCUCUGAACGAUUGAAGGGACAUAAUCGUUCCAAUAGCAAAUUCGCCAGCGAUCUGAUGGCUGAGAUUGACACCCGGGCUGGCAUUGCGCCUAAAGAGGCCCAAGACGUCCCUGACACCAAUGAGGAAGAGACACUCGCCCAGCGACGCGCUCGACUUCAGAAAGAGGCUGCUGGCGAACCUGGGCCCGCAAAACAGCCGCGCAUCCGUCGGAGCAUGAUGGCCCUUACACAAGGGCGUCCUUCUCAUCUUUCUCGUCCGUCGACACAUGAGCUUUACAAUCAACGACCUGUCACGAUGUCCCAAUAUGGAAACCGCAUGUCCAUGCAGCAAUUUCCACAAACCGGAUAUGCAAUGCCUGCAGGAUACCCGAUGGCUCAGCAAUAUGGAUAUCCAACUGCGUACCCAUCCGGUCUUGCCACCAACCCAGCCAUGAUGGGCAUGAACGGUAUGAGAUAUCCUCAACCCAUAGCACAACACUCCGGCCCUCUCUCGACUGAUGUGAUCGAUCGUUGGAGGCAAAGUAUCCGUUGA